AUGGCAGCAGCAGUCGUAGAGAAAGUCAUCAACACCACCAUGGGCGAUGCCAAACAACGACAAAUGGAAGGUUAUCGAUUGGAGGAAAACUCCAAGACUCCGUUGACAACAUACUUUGGAGCAAAGGUUGAAAACACGGACAUUGCCCUUCGAGCUGGAUCAAGAGGACCGACGGUUCUUGAAGACUUUCACAAUCGAGAAAAGAUUAGCCAUUUCGAUCACGAGCGUAUCCCUGAACGUGUUGUCCACGCUCGCGGUGCGGGAGCGUUUGGUGAAUUCAAAUUGCACACGGCUUUGACCGGCAUCACCACAGCCAAGAUUCUCACCGACACUUCGAAGAUCACGCCUGCAUAUGUGAGAUUCUCCACCGUCAACGGCUCGAGAGGAAGUGCAGAUAGUGUAAGAGAUCCCAGAGGCUUUGCAUCAAGGCUGUAUACUGAGGAAGGCAACUGGGACAUUGUCGGAAACAACAUUCCUGUAUUCUUCAUCCAGGACGCCAUAAAAUUCCCGGACCUCGUCCAUGCUGUCAAGCCAGAGCCACACAACGAGAUUCCUCAGGCUCAGACUGCCCAUGAUAACGCAUGGGACUUUAUGUCUCUCCACCCUCAAUCCACGCACAUGCAACAAUGGGUCUUGUCGGAUCGAGCGAUUCCUCGAUCGUUCCGCCACAUGCAAGGCUUCGGUGUGCACACUUUCCGCCUUCUCGAUGCCGACGGUAAGAGCACGUUUGUCAAGUUUCAUUGGACACCUCAUCUCGGAACCCACAGUCUCGUCUGGGACGAGGCGUUGAAGCUCGCCGGACAAGAUCCUGACUUCCAUCGACGGGAUCUUUACGACGCUAUCGAAGCGGGCUCAUACCCAAAGUGGGAGCUCGGGGUACAGCUUGUCAAGGAGGAAGACGAGCACAACUUUGACUUUGACCUGCUUGACUCAACCAAGAUCAUUCCCGAGGACCUCGUUCCCGUCAAGAACAUCGGCACCUUGACUCUCAACCGCAACCCGGAUGACUACUUCACUGAAGUCGAAGAAGUCGCCUUUUGCACCUCACACAUUGUCCCAGGAAUGGACUUCUCGUCCGAUCCUUUGCUGGCCGGUCGAAACUUCUCGUACUUUGACACGCAGAUCAGUCGGAUUGGUGUCAACUUCCCUGACAUUCCCGUUAAUAAGCCGGUCUGUCCUUUUGCAACCAACCUUUCGGACGGCCACAUGCAGACGCAGAGCAAGAAGAAUCGCACGCGUUACCACCCAAACCGACACGAUGCACUGCCUGUCACUGCACCUCAGCAUGGUGGUUUCCGACCAUAUGCCGAAGUGGUCAAUGGCAUCAAAGAGCGUAUGCACGGGCCAAAGUUCAAUGAAUUCAUCAACCAAGCCCAGCUCUUCUAUAAUUCGAUGAGCGAGACGGAACAGCAGCACAUCAUCAGCGCUGCGCAGUUCGAGCUGUCCAAGUGUUUCGAGACUCAGGUCCAGCAAGCCGCGGUGGAGCGAUUCAACAUGAUCAACCACGAGUUUGCCAAAGCCGUUGCGGAAUCUUUGACGAGUGUCACUGUGCCCGCCCCAGCCAAGUACCACAAUCAAAAGUCGGCAUUCUUGUCACAGGUCAACGGCAAGAGUCAGACCUUCACCGCGGAAGGCCGGAAGGUUGGCGUCUACGUCAUGGAAGGCUUUGAAUACUCUCAGAUCGCCGCCAUCUCAGCAGCUAUGCAGGCCGUGCCCAUGAUGGUCAAAUAUGUUGGACCCGGGACAGGACCCGUCAAGUCAUCCUCCGGCGAGACCGUUACUGCCGAGUUUACAUUUGAGAACUCUCGAUCAACGUACUUUGAUGCUGUCUUGUUCGUUGGUUCUCCAGCGUCGGACCAAUCCUACCUCAAAUCUGCAAAGAAUGGUCGAUUGAUCCACGCUGCGAGAGAAGCAUUCAUGCACCAAAAGACAGUUGGAGCGACGGGCAAUAUGGUUGGCUGGCUCGCGACCAUGUGUCUACCCGGGGAUGUUCAAGUCAGCCAGGACGUACAGGACCAGACGGGAGUUGUGACAGCUGUGAAUGUCGGCUCUGGUGCUCAGUUCGCAAAGACUUUCAUCGACGGCGUUGCGAAGCAUCGUGUAUGGGAGAGAGACGUCUCGCAUAUCGCCGCAUGA